AUGGCGGAAGUGAUUAACACAGCAUGGUUAGAUGAUAUACCCAAGGAGCAACUAGUAUCCAUCGCACAGGAAUUGGGAAUCGAGUGCGCGGGUACCGCCCGAGAAAUACGCAAGUGCAUAACGGCACUGGCGGCUAAGGCGCACUCCGACCCAGAGAUCCAUACCAAAUUCCAGGCGAUAGGAAUCACCAACAGAGACAACGAGGCUGCCUCGGAAGACGAGGAUGAGCAUAAAACACCAGUACCACCGGAGGAAAGUGGGGAGAGUACGUCUAAUUUCAUGGAAAAUGCAACACGGAGCCAGUUGGUGGUACCAUCGUACCAGCACCAGCUGCCCCUACACCAGCACCCGCCGACAACAACCGUCGGGUCGAACGCAGGAACAGCCAACCCUGCAAACCAAGCACCAACCCACACGUUUGCACCUAUCAUCGACCAGGUAAGGAAGUGGUCAGUGAAAUAUGAUGGUGGGCGAGACCCGCUAGUGUUUGUAGAGCGAUUGGAGGAACCGGCCGAGGUGUAUGCCUUGAACGUGGACCUCCUGCCAAAAACCAUGCCCAAGUUGCUGUGCGGCACCGCUCUUCACUGGUACCGCAACAAUAACGAGCACUGGAGUAGCUGGAUAACCUUCAAGCGCGAUUUCCUACGCUUCUUCCUGCCAACUCGGUAUUUCGAACGCCUCGAGGACAAUAUACGACAGAGAAGGCUGCACCCACGGGAGAAAUAUAAAGAGUACGUGAUCGCAAUACAAAACCUGAUGCGAAACGCCGGGUAUAGCAGCGAGCAGCGUUUGGAAAGAAUUUUCCGCAACAGCCACCCCGAUUACUUGUUAUACAUUCGGCGGCGGGAUUUCACCACUCUAUCUGAACUACUCACGCUCGCGGAGGAGUACGAGUGUAUCCACGAAGGCCACAGACGGACGACGGAGACAUCACGCCGACCCCAACAACGUGUGCAGGAGAUGUGGGCAGGAAGGACAUUAUGCCAGGCGAUGCCGCAACGCACGGAAGAUAUUCUGUUGGGAGUGCGGUCGAGCCAAUGUCCGCACGAUCGAAUGCUGUCGCCGGCGUCAGGGAAACGGCGGAGGGCUCCACCAAGAACAAGGCGCGGUGAGCACACCGAACCCAGCGCCGAGACACCCAUAACCAUGCGUCAGGAUCACGGUCGACUGUACGCCCUAGUCCACUUGGGUAGGGAGCUAGUCGAGGCCGUCAUCGAUACCGGCGCCUCGAAGAGUUUCAUAUCCACCACCUUAGCGGAGUACAUGGCAACCGUAGGAAGCGGAGAGAGGAUAACGGUAGCCCUCGAGAUACACAUGGCCGACGGAACCAGUAGCAAUAUUUUCGAGGCCAUGAGGAUCGAGGUUCGUCUCGGACAAGCGAUGCACCACGCAGUGCUAUACAUCAUGCCAGGCGCAAUAGACGACCUCAUACUCGGCCUAGACACAUUGGGAAGCAUGGGAACUGUAGUGUCCUGUGGCGGUCAACAAGUUGUACUCACCGAACCGACUACACAGACGGCACCAUCCGCUACCUCACAAACCACAGAGGAUAACACCUCACUCGCAGUAAGUAAUACCAUCCCGCCGAGGACGGCUAAGAGGAAGCACCGAAGGAAGGGCAGAUCCAGGAGCGAGAAGGUCAAUAGAGUCGACCAUGAUGAACCCAGUGGAAACGUCGAUAAGCGCACCUCCGCGGAGAUGCCACACAGUAACCAUACAGGCGAGGCAACACGAAUACGCGACUUCCUAGCGGAGGAGCUACAGAAGUUUGAAACCAUGAGCGGAGUGGCCAACGUGGCGGAGCACAGGAUCAUCAUGACCGAUGACCGCCCAAUUAAGCAGCGGUACUUUCCGCGCAACCCAGCGAUGCAGGCCAUCAUCAACGCAGAGAUGGACGAGCUCCUCUCCAAAGGGUGCAUCGAACCCUCCUGUAGCCCGCAUAGCGCGCCCAUCGUGUUGGCUCGGAAGAAAAAUGGUAAGUGGAGGUUGUGCGUGGAUUAUCGGCAACUAAAUGCCCGAUCAGUACCCGACGCAUACCCCUUACCCAGAAUACAACAGAUACUGGACAAGUUACGGCGGGCUAAGUACAUCAGCAGUCUAGACCUCAAAAACGGCUACUGGCAGAUACCCCUGGAACCGAACAGUCGCCCGUACACAGCCUUCACCGUGCCGGGGCGCGGACUAUUUCAAUGGCGUGUCAUGCCGUUCGGCCUACACUCCGCACCAGCAACAUUUCAAAGAGCACUCGACCAGGUCAUCGGCCCAGAAAUGGAACCCCACGCUUUCGCCUACCUAGACGACAUCAUCGUCAUAGGCUCCACCUUCGAGGAGCAUGUACAAAACCUACGGGAAGUACUAUCACGACUACAACGCGCAAAUCUCCGCAUCAACCCCGAGAAGUGCGACUUCUUCAAGAACCAACUCCGAUACUUGGGUCAUGUGGUAAGUGAAAAGGGAAUCCACACCGAUCCCGAGAAGGUGGCCGCGAUCCGAGAAUUAAAACCACCGUCUAACGUGAAGGAAGUACGCCAAUACCUCGGGAUAGCAUCGUGGUACCGUCGCUUCGUGCCCGAUUUCGCCACGUUAAGCCAACCACUAACUGCACUUCUGAAAAAGGGUAAGCAUUGGAAGUGGAGAGUCGAACAGCAAGAGGCCUUCGACACCCUCAAACGGAAGCUCACCGAGGCCCCCGUACUCGCCUGUCCGGAUUUUAACGAGAAAUUCACCCUACAGACGGACGCUAGUAACUUUGGCUUGGGAGCGGUGUUGACACAAGAAUUAGAAGGAGGUGAACGCGUAAUAUCUUACGCCAGCAGGAAAUUGAACAAAGCGGAGGUCAACUACUCGCCCACGGAGAAGGAGUGUCUUGCCAUUGUUUGGGGAAUCCGGAAGAUGAGGCCAUACCUAGAGGGAUACAGGUUCAAGGUGAUCACCGACCACAUGUCGCUGAAGUGGCUGAACUCCAUCGAGAGCCCUUCCGGCCGCAUAGCGAGGUGGGCCCUAGAACUACAACAGCAUACAUUCGAUAUAGAAUACCGAAAAGGGAAGCUCAAUCUAGUCGCGGACGCACUAUCACGGCAACCACUGGAGACCCUCCGGCAAGCGAUAACGACGGAACCACAAUGCAAGUGGUGGCAUAAGCGCGUGGGCGAAGUGCGCGCCAACCCGGAGAAAUACGCUGACUAUAUGGUGCAGGACGGACAACUCUACCGCCAUAUCCCGUGCCGAAGCCAGGAUGAGGAAGCAGUGCCCUGGAAGCUACCAACCCCCCUUCGCCAACGAGUACUACAGGAGAACCACGAUGUACCCAGCGCCGGCCACAUGGGCAUCCGACGGACAGUGGCGCGGGUCGCCAACCGAUACUAUUGGCCAGGUAUGUUCCGUGACAUCAGCCGCUACGUGCGCCAGUGUGAUUCCUGCCAGCAAUACAAGGAAGGACAACAGAAACCCGCGGGAAAAAUGCUGUCACAGGUGGCCUCGGAGCCCUUCACACCAUGCUAUUAG